AUGAUUUUUAUAUUUUUAUGUUUAUGUGGAGUUAUUUCGGAGGCGAGAAUUUUGAUACAACCAAAUUCCGAGAAAGAUUAUGGACCGAUCACAUUUGAUUUUCAACAAUUUCUAUAUAGGUUGGUGACUUUUUUGAAUGGGAGCUGUGGGAUUUUUGAACAUUUUUUAUUUAAACUUUUUUAAUUAAAGUUUCAUUUUGAAACAGUAAGGUAAUAUUAAAUUUAAAAUUCCAAGAGAAUCGUGAUCCUUUCUAAAUUCUUUAAUUUUCAUUGAAUUUUUUUCAAGAUAAAAGGUUUUGAAGUUUUUCAAAAACUAUUUUUCAACUAAAUAAAAUUUUUUUUUGUUUUUUCUCAAGUUCGAAACAUCAUUGCAAAAAUCACAUUCAUUUUUUUCAAUUCAUGCAUCAUUUUUAUGUUAGUAUUUUUUCUAACUUUUGCGUGGGGUGAAUGAAUAAUUUCUUUCAAAACUUCCUAAAACCUCAAAGUCCAAUAGUUCAAUUUUUCAGCAAAGGAUUGGCGAGUUAUGAUUAUGCUCGAUUUGAUUUGGGAAAAUCGGGAAGUUUUGGCGGACGCGGAAAACUGGAUCCCGAAUUGUACGAGACAGCGAAACCGGGAAAACCCGGCAAAAUUCCCGUCGUAUUUUUUCACGGAAAUUCAGAUUCAGCGCUGAAAUCCAAUGAUUUUUCAACGGGUUGGACAAAAACUGUCGAAUAUUUUUUAUCGCAAGGUUAUGAGAUGGAUGAAUUGUAUGCCACGUCAUGGGGUAAUACAAAUACAACUGCUGCGGUUUUUCGGUAAGGAAAUGGGAUUUUUACUUGACUUGGACUAGGAAGAAUUAAAAACCAAAGCUUCCAUGUGACCCAAGAAAAAAAAUUAUUUACAAUGACAAAAAAUUGAUAACGAAUUUUAAUGGUCACUGUUUUUUUGUUUCGAAGAAUGUGAGCCUGGUCUUUGGGGUCAGAUAAGAAUAAUUAUCAUCAUCUCAUCUUCUGAAUUUUAUUCAUAAAAAUUUAAGGCGGUCAAACGCGCACAACUCUGAAAUUUUGCAGAUUCCACGAUUGUCGUACCGUAAUCCGUUUGCGUAAAUUUGUCGAAGCAGUGUUUGAUUACACAGGAGCUCGUGAAAUCAACAUAAUUUCGCAUUCAAUGGGAGUAACUUUAGCUCGAAAAGUGAUUCAAGGCGGAUGGAUUCAAGAUGAAAAUGAGAGUUGCAACAUUGGAAAACCAAUGACCAACAAAAUUCGAGCAAUUUUAGGAAUUGCUGGAGCAAAUUAUGGACUUUGUGCGUGUAUUGGACAUUCCGAAAGUGUAGUUUGGCCAACUUGUAAUAGCGAUGUAAGAUUUGAACGUUUUGAAGUUAUAUUUUUUAGAAAACAAUAAACACAAAAAAAAUUAAAAAGUUAUUUUUGGCUGGUCUUCCAAGUGGGUGUAAAGAAACCUGUGGGUGGAUAAUUAUCCAUUCACCACAAUUUCCUAUUUGACGUAGAAAAAAACGGAAGUUCACACAAAAUUCGGAAAUGUUUCAGAAUGGAUUAUGGCCUGGAGAGACAUGUGUGAAUGCGAAUUUCGAAGGUCUUUGUGCUGCUGAUCCACUUCCGGGGCCAUGUAAUGGACUACAGUAUUCGAAGUUUUUGACCGAUUUGAAUACGAUCAGAUAUAAACCGGCGUUGAAUAUUUUCAGCAUGUAUAGUACAGGUGGGAAUUAAGUCUUGGAAAAAAACAAAAAUGAAAUUCGUGAUUCUAAAACUCCUAGAAAGAGUUCAUGUAAAUAUUUUGAGAAUUUUUUGUAAGUAAUUAAUUUAAAAUUUUAGAAGACGAAUUAAUUGAUUUACGAAGAUCAAUGGGUAAGUUUUAAUUGUUGUCUGGUGUUAAUUGGGAACUUCUCUAAUUUAAAAAAAAUUUCAAUUGAAAAAUAUUAAUAAAUUUUUAAUUACAGGUGAUAUUUUGAUUGGCAAUGGAAAUUUGGUUUGGGGCCGCCCGACAAGUGAAAUACCAUGGUCAGAUGGUGUGAAAGUGUAUACAAAUUAUACACAUAUGGAGACUAAACUAAAUACAACAGCAGAUCAAUAUCAUAUAAUCACAUAUCUUAAUAUUCCAAAAAAUUAA